AGCUGGAACUCCCCGUCCCAGCUGCUAGCGUUCGCAGCCAUGAUCUCAGUGGAGCGGGCCGCUCUGGCAGUGGCCUUUAUCGGCUGGAUCGCCUCCAUUCUGACCAUCAGUCUGCCUCUGUGGACAGUGAGUGGAACUUUGGGCAACACCACGGCCUCGCUGCCGGCCUACUGGGACGGGGUCUGGCUGCGGUGGGACCACUGGGAUCUGGCUCAUGACGGCUCCCUUCACUGCUCCUUCUACCGUGCUCUCAUGAGUCUGUCUGGAAGUUUCCGCACCUGGAGAGCUCUGAUCCUGGCUGCCAUCAUCGUGGGAAUCGGGGCCUCUGUGGCGGGCGUGGCGGGAGCUGUGUUGUUCCCCCAGAGACCGUGGAUCACAGUCUCCUCUGGUGUUCUGUUUGUCCUGGCCGGGAUCCUGCUGCUGGUCCCGACAGCCUGGACCUGUCACCACACUAGUCAGCCGCUGCAGAGCGCCAGGCUGCUACGCAGGGACUGGGGCCCGGCUCUGUACCUCGGCUGGAUAUCUCUCUCGCUCAUGGUCGUCGGGGGCGCCUUCCUCGUGAUGAGGUGUCACACUUUUCUAAGACCCACCGACAUAUUUAAUAAAAAAAACUUCUGA